AUGUAUCUUCAAUCUCUUGCGGCCACUCCAUUGUUAUGUUUGCUUGCUAUUACGGGUAGCGAGGCUUCGAAGGCUCCUAUUCCUCCCAGAAUCGACUCAUUAGGCACACUACAGGCCUUAAAACACAACUACCUGGACCUCUGGAACAAUGGAGCAGCGGCAGUGGUGGUAUAUGAGCCUGUGAGCAACGCAGAGGCGCAGACUAAAUGCGGUGUCACUGGAGGAAAGUCUUAUCCUUUCCAGAAUGCACCUGAACUCAGUCGCACUGAAUUGGGCUACGAAUUUUUCUCUGGGGGCUGA